CUCAGUUCUUAGAAGGUAAUCGUUCUUUCGUGUUGGUGAAAUGGACCUGAUCUGUGAAGAUUCCAGUUACAUACAUUUGACAAGAACUGCUUCAGGUGACAAAAGCUCACAUUACAAAUGUCUGAAACCCUUCAACCAGGACAUAAAGAAAGAGGUUCUUCUGCCUAAGUGGACUAAAGUUCUCCUGAUAGUUCUCAGCGUCUCUGUUGUUUGUGCUCUCGUAGGCGUCUGUGUUCUGGGGAUGCGUCUAUCUCAUGCUAAACAUUCCAGCAUAUCAGUGUCUGAUCAGUCCCACAAUGACACAGAUUAUAAAGGACAGUUUGAGGAACUCCGCGUCCAAUAUGAGGAAACACUUGGAAAGUUGAACAGAUUAAAUCAUUCCAGCAUAUCAGUGUCUGAUCAGUCCCACAAUGACACAGAUUAUAAAGGACAGUUUGAGGAACUCCUCGUCCAAUAUGAGGAAACACUUGGAAAAUUGAACAGAUUAAAUCAGAGCACAGGCUGUGCACUUUGUGCUGUCCACUGGAUUCAUUCUGGAGGAAAGUGUUACUACUUUUCUACAGUCAAGAUGAACUGGACGCAGAGUCGAGAUUAUUGUGUGACUCUAGGAGGACAUCUAGUUAUAAUAACCAGCAAAGCAGUGCAGGAUUUUCUUGUGUCUGAAGUUAAAGAGACUCACUGGAUUGGUCUUAAUGAUCUGGAAACUGAGGGACACUGGGUCUGGGUGAAUAACCAGCCACUCAGUGAUUCAACAGAAUUCUGGAUAAAACGAGAGAAUGGAGUCAGAGAACCGGAUAACUGGACAAAAGAUCAUCCGGCCGAUUUAAAUAUAGGCAAUGAGGAAGAAGACCUAACAACAAAUGUGAGUGCAUUCCACCACUUGGGGGCCUCAACCACAAACACCCGAUCACCUUUGGUUUUCAAACAGGAACGAGGAACAGAGAGGAGUAACUGAUUUGAUGAUCGAAGAGACCUAGGUGCAGAAGGUUGAUGAAGUAAAUCAGCAAUGUACUGAGGGGCUAAACCAUGCAAGGCCUUAUAAACAUACAGCACAACCUUGAAUUGAACUCUGUAGCUAACUGGGGUAAAAUGCUCUCUUUUCUUGGUACCCACAUGAUCAAUUCCUUGUCAUUUCUUUCUUCCUAACACAGUGAAUGUUACAAACAGUGGUGGGUGUGAUGCAUUACUAAGUAAUUGAUUACUGUAAUUAAGUUACAUUUUCCUUGAAAAGUAAAGUAAGGGAUUACACACAAUUUUUCAGUAAUUUAAUUAGUUACUUCUGAUGUAAUUGUGUUAAAUACUUUAUAGAAUGUAGAAAAAUUCUGUAUAAAACAAUAGUGAAUUUAAAAUCGAAAUUUUACGUCAAAUGUUAAAAUGUAAAAUGUAAAAUGUUUUCUAAUUUAACGCUGCCCCCUUAAAUUCUUUGGCCAGUUAUUGAAUCAUUUAUUUGAUUUUAUAUGUUAUAUUUGAAACAAAUAAAAGAAUAGUUUCAUGUUUAUCCUUGUACUGCUCAUCUGGUCGAGGUUGAUCAGGGUUUACUUUAAAAAGUAAACAUAAUAAGUAAUGCAAUUACUUUUCAGACAGGGUGAUUAGUACCGUAUUCUAAUUACACUGUAGAAGAUGUAAUUAGUAGUUAGUAAUUAAUUACUUUUUUGAGUAACUUACCCAACAUUGGUCUCGGACCAUGAAACAUCAAACCAAAUAACAAAUUUUGUAGAUUGUUUGUGGAUUUCAUUUUUGAAAAUAAAGGCUGUAUUAGGUAUGUUGAACUGAUUUUAGGUUCAACAGUGUUGAUAGGGUCCAAAAGACUGAAAAUUAGAUAAUCAAAAUGUUUUUUUAAAUUUUUUUUAUUUAAUAAAUAAUUUUACCUGGAAAAAAACAGUUUUCAUUGAGAAAAAAAAUAAUUAUGAUGUGAUGACUUGAAAUAAUAUAUAUUUUU